AUGAUCUCAAACAUCUUGAAAUUCUCCCUCCUUGCCGGCAGUGCCCUCGCUGUCCCGGUUGAGGUUGACAUUGAGAAACGUAUCGACUGCCCGGGCGUCCACAUCUUUGGUGCACGCGAGACCUCUGUAUCCCCAGGAUACGGCUCAUCCAGCACGGUCGUCAAUGGCCUCCUCAGUGCGUACUCAGGCUCUACAGCCGAGGCCAUUAGAUACCCUGCAUGCGGUGGACAAUCGUCAUGCGGCAGCGUGAGCUACUCAAGCUCAGUUGCCCAGGGCAUCGCAGCUGUCGCAUCGGCUGUGAACUCCUAUAACACACAGUGUCCAUCGACUAAGCUUGUUCUGGUCGGAUAUUCCCAGGGUGGUGAAAUUAUGGACGCAGCCUUGUGCGGCGGCGGCGUCCCAAACCAAGGCUACACAAACACUGCAGUCCAGCUGUCGACGUCUGCUGUGAACAUGGUCAAGGCAGCUAUCUUCAUGGGUGAUCCGCUGUAUGUGGCAGGGCUGUCAUAUGAUGUUGGAACUUGUGCUGCUGGGGGCUUUGACGCACGGCCUUCUGGCUUCUCUUGCCCAUCGGCUAGGAAGAUUCAAUCAUAUUGCGACUCUACGGACCCGUACUGCUGCAAUGGCAAUAACGGCGCGACACACCAAGGCUACGGAGCUGAGUAUGGCACAAAGGCUAUUGCCUUUGCCAAGAGGAUAUUGUCCUUGGGAGGGUUGAAAAGGCGUGGCACUGUGCUACCCCACCACGGAAGCCCAAGCUCCAAGCUUCCUCCAUUCCCCAUGGCCUCUCACAUUCCCAACCUAAACACUCUACGACGAGGCCGAGGCCGAGGCCGUGGCAUAGGUCGCACAGAAGAAACUGGACUCCCUGGGCUCCCUUCUGGAAAAGACCGCAUUGUUCAAGGCACGGACAAUGACGCAAGCGUGUCCCGCCUCAGUGCCGUCGAGCUAGGAUAUCUAGAGGAUGCAUACGCAGCGGCAUUGACACCUGUCGGCCUAUGGCUGACCGAGACAUCUCCCCGCGCACCAGGAACCUACGCCCGCACGACAGCCAUCGACCAGCUCGUGGCGCGUUUCCUCGGCCCGAACUCAGCAGAAAAUACACACAAGAAACAAAUCAUAUCUCUAGGCGCUGGGUCUGACACGCGCAUCUUCCGGCUUCUCUCAUCACGCCAAACCCCGGAUUUCGUUUACCACGAGCUCGAUUUCGCUGUCAACACGGCAGAAAAGAUCCGCGCGAUCAGAUCGGCGCCUGUACUGCAGAGCGCGCUUGGGAUUAACUCAUCGGAGGUUUCGUCGGAAAAGGAUACUCGAGUUACCGUGUCGGAGGCCGGGGACGCGUUCCAUUCGCCCUCGUACCAUGUCCACCCGGUUGAUCUGCGGUCGCUGUCGACCUGCAGUGACCCUGCCGGAGCACUGCCAGGCGUGGAGACGGGAUUGCCGACUCUGCUGAUCUCUGAGUGCUGUUUGGUCUACCUAUCGCCCAUCGAAGCGGAACAGGUGGUUGCGUUCUUCACGCAGCGCCUUUUUGGUCAUGGGAAUCCAGUAUCUGGGCCUGGAGACAUAUUGCAGGCGGCGCAGCCGAAUGUUGCUCCGCUCGGGUUGAUUCUUUAUGAGCCUAUUCGACCGAAUGAUGCCUUUGGUCGUACGAUGGUGUCGAACCUUGCGGCGCGGGGCAUUCAACUCAAGACUCUACCUACGUAUGCGUCGCUUGAGGCGCAAAGAGGCCGCUUCCAAGAUCAGGGCUUUGGGGAUGGUCAGGCUGCGGCUGAUAUUGAGUUUAUUUGGAAACGGUGGGUUAAUGAGGAUGAGAAAGAAAGAGUUGCUGGGCUGGAGAUGCUCGAUGAGAUGGAGGAGUGGCAGUUACUUGCACGGCAUUAUUGCAUUGCUUGGGGAUGGAGAGACCGCCACGAUGCCCCGGCUUUCGCUGGGUGGAAGAAUCUCGAAGCCCAGCACGACGAGUAG